AUCAAGAUCGCCAGAAUAAGCCAAUUAUCAGCAUAAAAAUCAAUACUUGAAGAAACAAUUGUAGGAGGUAUCCCAUCAUUACAUUGAUGUUUUAGCCAAUUUCUGCAUCCUCAAAAUCUUCUCCAGCUGGAAGCACACCUACCUGUGUAGCCCAACCUGCUCGCAUCUGAACCCUUGCUUUCCUGACUAGCCGAAAUCACUAGUAAAGCCCCGAGAAUUGAUAGCACAUUAAGAAGUGAGACAGGCAACAAAAACAGGGACUCGAGAUUCAUGAUCAGAUUAUUUGGUUCUAACACUUCUUUCUCCCCUCAAGAAAUGAUUCCAUUAACUUCGAGCAGUACUUCUCAACAACACUUGAUUAUUCUUCCGGCAUCGAGAGCCGGGAACUAUCUGGGCACCUCCUUCCUUUAUUGGGUUUCAAGUUUGAAUUGUCAUUUCUUCACUGUUGGGUUUCUGAAUCUCUAUUUAAUCACAAUAUAUCAAACUUUGCUGCACUCUGAAGUACACAACUUUUCAAACAAAAGUUCAGAACUCAGUCUUUACGCAACCUUCUCUCUAAGAACGUCAAAGCUCACUUCCUUCAACAUGUCUUCCAGUUCGGGCACUAGCUCUCCAAGUAUGCCCAAUUCCAGUGCUGAGAGUAGUUCAUGGCGUGCAACUUCACAAGAAGAUUCGUCUGAUCGAUCAGAUGUAAGUACCCCGUCUUUUACCGUCAAUCCGGCAACAGGUUUUCUCUCUUGCCCGUCUUAUGGUCAGCUUGUUCAGUUGUCAGGACUAAUCAGACUAUUUCAUCGUUUUAUUUCGAUUCCGAUGACGAAUAUGGCCUCCUGGAUGAAGCUGCACGGCAACAGAAUCCGUGCCUUUUCUUCUUACAUUCUCCAUUUAUUCAAAUCUCGACAGAAUCGUAGAUCACGGCUAAUUCAUCCGACCCUAGGUUUAUUCAUCCAGAAAUUCAUCGCCAGCCAAGUCUUUAGCGACCAAACCCGUGACAGCGAAGAAACAGAAGUUGUCAGAGAAGACGGCUAAGUUUACGGCUACUGAUAAGGGUGGCAAUGCUCUUGAUGAAGAUAUUGGCCAAGAACGCAAGCUCAACUCUUCAAAGGCUACCAUUAUUCAGAAGAAACCUGUUUCCAAGACAGCAACAGUCGCCGAAGUCGAUAGCGACAGCGACGGCGGGGAACCCGAAGAAAGGCCUAUUAAGAAACCCGUUGCCGCCUCCAAGUCGAAAUCCAAGUCAGCUAUCACCAAAAAUACAGCUGCCAAAGCCAAGAAGAAUGCUGAGGUACGCGGUAACGCAACCUUAACUGUCUCUGAUGCCAAGGAUGCAGAGUCAACCGGGAAGCCUGCCCCAACUUCCAAGCUUAGAAAGAGACGCGCUGCUAUCCCAACAAACGAUGGAGCUCGCAAGAGGGCCAGGCUACCUCAAAACACCUACACUCCUGAUUCCUACGAAGGUUUAAACAAGGAAGAUAAACUCUUGUUCGACCUCAAAACCCGAAGCCCAGAAGCGACAUGGAGAGACCUUGUUGAAGAAUUCAAUUUGAAAUUACAAAGCAACCCCAGAGUCAACCUCGAUGCCCUUAGAAUGCGAUGGCCGAGAGUCAAGGCUGCAGCGACUGAAAUCGCACAUGGUGAUGUAAGUUUGGCAUUCCACUCUUGAACAAACCAUUUUACUUUCUGAUGAUUUAUGAUUACUAACCCUAAACAUCAGAUUCAAAAGAUGUGUGUCUAUAAGCAAGAUAUGGAAGUUCAACUUGAGACAACACGUGAGGAGCUUUUGGCAAAAUUCGAGAGAGACAAAGAAGCCAUAUUGCGAAAAUUCAAGGCAGACAUGUGGACUGAAAUCGCCAAAUACGUGGCUCAAGACGGCGGUAACCAAUAUGAACCAGCUACUCUCCAAAGAAAGUAUGGUUUUUAUCAGCGUCAGGGCCGCAUCGAUGAAAAUGAUAAAUAUGUAGCCUGGAUGGAUCAGGAUGAAAAGGGGAGAAAGGCCAAGAAGCGAAGCAAGACCUUGAUGGAGGAGAAUGAUGCAGAGGCUUCGGAGGGCGAUGAUGAAGAAUCGGAUGUUGGGGAAAAGGCAGAAGACGAUAACGAUGACGAUGAUGAAGAAGACAAAGUUGAUGCCAAGGGAGAAGAUGAGUACAUGUCUCACGGAGAGGACUAAGCAAAAGGGGAUUUUUCGCCCAGAAGCUUGGAAAAUGAUGUGCACGAGUACGGGUAGCAUCGGCAGU